CCCCCGCAGCUCCCCGCCUCGGCCUCCGCUCCCUCCCGCCCUCGGCCCCGCUGCCUGUGCCCCGGCGCGAUGUCGGGCGGCGCGGCGGGCGCUCCGAGGCCUCUCCCCUCCUCCGGGCCCAAGUCGCUGCGGGAGAUGCCGCAUCCCUUGGCCACCUCCAGCAGCGAGGAGAUGGGGCCGGCGCUCAGCCCCAGCCCCGACCUGCUGCUGCCCCGCGGCAUCGCCGACAAGGAUCUCAGUCUACCCAAUGGCACACCUGUGGACACUUCUAGCCCAGCCUCCUCCUCAUCUCUCCUCAACAGACUGCAGCUGGAUGAUGACUUGGAUGGGGAAACCAGAGACCUCUUUGUCACUGUUGAUGAUCCCAAAAAGCAUGUGUGCACAAUGGAGACAUAUAUCACAUACAGGGUUACAACAAAGACCACGAGAGCAGAGUUUGACUUGCCAGAGUAUUCUGUCCGCCGGCGGUACCAAGACUUUGACUGGUUGAGAAACAAGCUGGAAGAGUCUCAGCCAACACAUCUCAUUCCCCCUCUUCCUGAGAAAUUUGUGGUGAAGGGUGUUGUCGAUCGCUUUUCUGAAGAGUUUGUGGAGACAAGGAGGAAAGCAUUAGACAAAUUCUUGAAGAGAAUAACUGAUCACCCCGUGCUUUCUUUUAAUGAGCACUUCAACAUGUUUCUCACAGCCAAGGAUCUUAAUGCCUACAAAAAACAAGGAAUGGCACUGCUGUCAAAGAUGGGGGAGUCUGUGAAAUAUGUAACAGGAGGCUACAAAUUAAGAAGUCGGCCACUGGAGUUUGCAGCCAUUGGGGAGUAUCUAGACACAUUCUCUCUGAAGCUUGGUACUAUUGACAGAAUAGCACAACGGAUUAUCAAGGAACAGUUGGAAUACUUGGUGGAACUACGAGAAUAUGGACCUAUUUAUUCAACCUGGGGAGGGCUGGAGGUUGAGCUGUCAGAGCCACUGGAGGGUGUGUCUGCAUGUAUUGGAAACUGCUGCACAGCUCUUGAAGAACUCAGUGAAGACAUGACAGAAGACUUCCUGCCUGUGCUUAGGGAAUAUAUACUGUACUCGGAGUCAAUGAAGAACGUGUUGAAGAAGAGAGACCAAGUUCAAGCGGAGUAUGAAGCAAAACUGGAAGCAGUAGCCUUGAAAAAAGAAGACCGUCCAAAGGUACCCACAGAUGUUGAGAAGUGUCAAGACCGAGUCGAGUGUUUCAAUGCUGACCUGAAAGCAGAUAUGGAGAGAUGGCAGAACAACAAAAGACAAGACUUCAGGCAGCUACUCAUGGGGAUGGCAGAUAAAAACAUUCAGUACUACGAGAAGUGCCUUACGGCGUGGGAGUCAAUUAUACCACUAUUGCAAGACAAGCCAGAGACCAAAUAAGAAGUACUGUCAUGGACAGUCUAGCACCUGUGUGCUCAGUACCACUAGACAUACUGGAACUGUAUGAAGGACUCCUUUUGUCAAGUUAACUGAAAUGCCAGCUGCACUUAGGCUGGAACAGACUCUGAAAACCAUUUUAAUUUUUUUCCUCUCUUUCUGUGUUUAAACUAGGGUAUGUUUCAUCUUUUUCAGUUAUCUUGACUGGUUCCUUUAUCCUAUGGAGUAAUUGGGGGUUUAUAGUGAAAAUGCAUGGGGAUCUUGAUAAAACUUACCUCUCUAGUCUGGAAGGAGCUGAUGACUGGAACACUAAAAAGAUGAAAACAAAACUCUACUGCAAGGUGCCAAAUGACAUCUUUAUUACCAUUCUGUUUGCUAAAAAAAGAAAAAGAAAAAAAAAGAAAAAAUAUAACCAGUCAGUUCUAUUAUACAGUACUCCCUAACCAAUUCUUAUCCUUUUUCUUUUUUUUUUUUGGAUGGACAGGGAAAGUCUUGAAUAUUUUCUGGUUUGCUACCACCCAUAUGUUUCCUCUGGAUAAAAUGGUUUAUGGAGACUUCUCUGUGUGGGAGUUGGGCUGGUCCUAGACAGAACAUACCAACACCACCUGCAGAUAGCCUGUGAUGCAAGCAUGAACUGUGGUUUUUGUGAGUGUGGCAUGCUGUUGGUUCAUACUGAGUGUCUUGUUUACCUUGGUGAUUAUGAAGUAAUGUCAGUUGGCUGAAGUGUACUUGUGACUUGGGGAUCAAAAUCAGCUUAGCUGUGGGAAUGAGUUGAACAGCGGCCUUUCAAGGCUUGUGGAAACAGUAGAAGCAAGUAUGAGUCUUGAGUUCAUUUUUUCUAAAGCUAGCUCUGGAAGUUGCAUGGUAGAAUUUUCUUGGUCCACGCUUUAAAUGUUGGGUUUUUUUCUGAACUAGAGCCACUUUGGGCUUGGUCACUUAAGGUGCCUGCUGUAGUAAAGGUAGAACUCUGCUUUCUCUCCCUGUGUUGUUUUUGCAACAGCUGAAAGCCAAAAUAGUGUCAAAUGCUUCCUUUACAUCAGGCAUCAUUCUGUGUGAAACUUGCCUUAAACAGCUCAGUGUUAGGUACACGAUGUUCAUACUUGUCUCUACUGAGGCAUCAGAAGUGUUUUAAUACUACUUUUGGUACAGAUUUUUGGUAGUUUUGAUUGGCCUCUAGAGAUGUAGCUACUCCUGCAAGGCAGGUUUUUUUUCCCUUUCUCUUGCAGUCAAACGUCAAGUAAAUGCCUGCUUGGUUUUAAUGGCCUUAGGAAUGCUUCUGUGAUUCCCAGAGUCCCAGAGUCUUGGUUUAACAGCAUGUAAUUAAAUCCCUUUUAACCAUCCUAAGUGAGGGGGUUUGGGGCUAGUAGAAAUAGUUGGAUUUCGGGGAAUCAGUAAGGCUGAUCACUUAUUGCUCAACCUGAAUGAUUACUUGGUCUCCAGCAAUAUUCUUGCAAAGAAGAAUCUGAGCAGUAAUUGAGAGGGUGCAACUUCUGUGUUCUCCAGCAACAACCUACCAGGUACCAGCCUGGUUUGGACUCUGUCCAUUCAAAACCACCAAGCAUACCCAAAGCUGCCCGACUCAUCUUGGUGGCUUUAUAGCAGCUGUCAAGAUGAGUUAUUGCUGCAAUGUGGUAGCUGUCAGGCUAAUGAGGUUAUAUUCUCUGGGUGCAGCAUUCAAGUUUAAGACAUUUUAAGAGGUCUUCCUUUUUGACUCGGCCUCCAUUGACAACUCUCUGGUACUAAACAAACAUUGCCUCUUGUUUUUUAAACUCAUAGUUUGUCAAUAUACACUUACUUGGUGUAAAUGAGGACUCACCUUUAAGUUGCUAUUAGGUCCAGAAUGACAAACUAGCCUUGUUGUACAAGGGAAGUGCUUAAGGGGAUCACCUGAAGCCGUAACCCAGUGUUUUCCUCAGUCUUUACCUUGUAAAAUAAGCACUUGCAGGCCAUUUAGCAGUCUGACUUUCAAGGUUACAGUCUUUCCUAUUUCCCACAAACAGAGAUCAACAUGCUUUUGUGAGCUGGUUCACAUGUGGUAAAUGACUGCAACAUCACUGGGUGUGAAGCAGAACGUAAUUGGAACUAAUACAGUCUUCCCUUCACCUUAUUAAAAAAGCAGUUAGAGAUGGAAAGGAUGGUAGGCUUUUUCCUACAGGUGAUUAGGUUUCAUCUGAUGCCUUACAACAUUGACAUCCUGUUCCCUCUUAGUUUUAUAUCAAACUGAAGUGGGUGUUGGUUCUGGGGAAUUUAACAACUGACAUCACAGUCUUUCAUGCAAACCAUAAUGGAUGCUGGGGAGUACCAAGUGAUGUUCAAAUCAACAUGUCUUGAUUCUCUGCAGCGUAAGAAGGGUGUGUGGUGGUAGGUCUCAGCUCCUAUGGGCUACGGAGGAGUCUCUUUAUAAAAAGAGCUAUUGUAAAUCACUAGGUGACUAUGGAAGAAGCUGUGAGCUGUGGGGAGAAUCCUGAUGGUGAGGUUUGGAGCAGCAGUGCUCAACAGGGAAACUACUAAAUACCAAGACACUCCUAUAAGGUGUAAAGAGCACACUUACUUAACAGUUGCUAGUGAGAGGUUGAGAUCUGAGCUGUUAAGUCAAACUGACAAGUUAUCCCAUGAUCCUUAACAAGACAGGAGUUUCUCCUUUGGAUGUCCCAAACCUUAUGUGUGGCAAGUAAAAGGUGUUGGUAAAAGGAAGCAGGAGUAGUAUAGAAGCUUAAUCUUUGAGUAAUUUCUUGAGUGGCCAGUCACUGAAGGUCACCCUCUGCACAUGCACUAAAAUGAUGUCAAAACUACUUUCACCCAUUCUAUAAGCCUGUGUAAUGUGGGUCCUUCAACAGUUCUUAAAUUAGCCUACUUUUCCUUGUAAACCAUAGCCAGACCAAGUUCCCUCUCAGAGGAUGCAUAAUUCACUGCUGUCCUGGUUACUUCUGUGUAAUUUCUGGGAUGUUUGUUUAUUCUCUUAACUGGCACCAGCACAAUAAAGCAAGCACUGAGAUCUUGUUUUCAUGCUCGGUCAUGAACCGUGCAUUGUUCCUAUGUAUCCUUACCAGGUUCUGACUCUUGCAAUAAACACAGAUGUUGAAACAUCAUGGCUUUUUCAGGUAUCCAUUGAAAAAUGAAAAGGUAAUAGGUGUAGUGCUAAAGACAAACUCUUCUGAUGUGAGUUGUAUCAAAGAAUAAACUACAGAUCCUUCACUGAAGUCUACUUGGGUUUUUGUCACACUGACACUUGUGCUAAGGAUAGACUAGUGGGAUAAGGGGUAGCAAGAAACAUCUGCAAAAUGUGAGUGGCAGAGACAGUCCUGCAGAGGGGUGGUGAGGUGGCCUUGCCGCAGUGUCUCUGCAGAGCCUGUUCCUCAUUGCUUCAGGUGCCCGUCCUGCAGAUGCCAAGGUACAAAAGAAUUCCCUCCCUCCACCAGGACUGUUCAGUGUGUUAACAGAAGCCAUGCUUUUGUUAAAACUUCCACAACUUCACUAAGUAUGAUUAAUGUUGCAGACUGUUUAAAAUCCUGGUGCUGAUAACCACUGAACAAAAUUGCAUAGACUAAACUAGCUUGUUAGAUGUUCAGCCUUUUUAAAUUCUGAAGGUAGAACAGUUGUUUCCUUGGUAUAUUAACUUAUACUACAACAACCAAUAACUAGGGAAACUGGUAUCUUUUCUAAGGUAGGGAACUUGCUACUACUUGUCAGAUUUGUCUUGUUUUUGUAAAGUAGAAGUGGAAAUCACAGGAAUAAACUUGCCUUUGGGCAAUGUGAAUGUUGCAUUUUAAAUUUUUUGGGGGUGCUGUUUAACCAAUUCUAUGGAAUAAAUGGCAAUGCUUAAUUCUGUGCUUAGCACUUUGAAGUCUUGUAGUGAUGUCUGACUUGUACAAGUACUCAGUAAUGAACUGGGCUAGCUUUAAGGUUCCAUAGCUAAGGCACAGAACUUGUGCAGAAAAUAAUGCACUUUCUAAAAAGGCAUGUUGAUCACCGUUAUGUAAGAGGCAUACUAAAAUGUUAAAGGAUAUUUGCUGUCCUAGACUACUUUGAAGGCCUCUGUUCUCUCUAUGCUUUGAAGCUAAACCAGUUAUUAACUGCUGCUGGGAUAUUUAUCCAUACCUUCUGAUCAGGCAGUGGGGGUGUGGCCAGUGUCAUGUUCCCACUGCACAGGGAGACAGGUUGCAGAGGGACAGUCUUACAAUAGGAAACAGCCAAAGGGCUUUUGUCUUUAGCAUAUGAAAAUAAAGCAGCACCAUCCUUGUUCUCUUUUCCUUUGUGCCUACAUCCCUCUGACCCUCCUUAAGGUCAGAACAGGUGGGCCAUGCAGGUGAAGCAGACUGGCUGUGAGCAGAGGUGAAUCUCAUCUCCUUCCUUGUUGAAGGAGUCAGUACUGGGGACCAAAACGGUGCUGGCUCAUUGUGCAGGCUCUUCUGGUUUCAACCUCUGUAAAACCACUCACUGGAACUAGAGUGACCAUUAAAAAACAUACUAUUAAAAAACAAAAUAAAAGCUGUGAAAAGACUUGUGUCUGUGUGAAUUAGCUAGUGAACGAUGGAAAAAUGAGAAGGAGGCUUUUGUUUUCUGCACUUGACCGAAUCUGGCAACUGUGCUCUUGUUCAGACUCACAGGCUAUGAAAUGUUGUCUUGCCUUCUGGUGCUGGCAUGUUUCUAUACCCUUUCAUAUAUCUCUGUAUAAAUAUACUUUGUACAUUGUUUACUAUGGAAAUAGUAUUGAUAGAGAAAAACACUUUGAGGUAAAACUGUUUGUAAUUCUCUAUUAGUGUGUACAUUUUUUUUUUAAAUGCACCAUUUGUUUACCUCAAUUAAUUUAAUGGAAUGGACCAAUAAAUGCAUUAAAAGAUGA